GCUGGAUCGUGGCGUGCGUGCUGGUUAGGCCCCGCCUCCUGCCACGUCCGUGCGGCGCCUGCGUCAGAGCCGGUUCGAGCGGCACCGCGGCCUCGUGUGGAGUGAGGCACCUCUUGCUGCCAUGCUGCCCGUAGCAACCGCGAUGCCCGACGACACGCCGAUGUUUGACCCCAGCAUUCUGCAUGAGCUCGACUGGAGCGAGAACACGGCCACGUUUUCUCCUUCCAUUUCUCCUUCAGAGCCAGGAGAUGGGCUGGUCAUGAGGCCGCUGUGCACGGCUGAUGUCAACCGAGGCUUUUUCAAGGUCCUGGGUCAGCUGACUGAAACUGGAGUGGUGAGCCCAGAGCAGUUUAUCAAAACCUUUGAGCACAUGAAGAAAUCUGGAGAUUAUUACGUUACUGUCGUAGAAGAUACCAACCUUGGACAGAUCGUUGCUACAGCAACGCUGGUGAUAGAACACAAGUUCACUCACUCCUGUGCAAAGAGAGGGAGGAUAGAAGACGUAGUAGUAAGCGGGGAGUGCAGAGGAAAGCAGCUCGGCAAACUACUAAUGUCCACUCUUACACUGCUCAGUAAGAGACUGAACUGUUAUAAAAUCACACUCGAGUGUCUGCCAAAAAACGUGGCCUUCUACAAGAAGUUUGGCUAUUUGGUAUCUGAAGAAAACUACAUGUUUCAGCGGUUCUUUAACUGACAACUUCUAGCACUGUUUUUGUACAGACUGCUGGCGGAGGAGCUCUGGUACAUUCUCUUCAUGACAAAUCUAUAUAGUUUAUUGCUGCAGAUAUACCGAUCCCUAUAAAUACUGAGCAUCAAAUGUGUAAAGCCUGCAGAGGAAAGGCACGGUACCGACAUGCGAGGAGGGUUCCUGGGUUAGCUCUUAGAACUAAUUUUUACUACUGUUCAGUCCAAGUGAAGCUUUUUUUGUUCCAGCUGCGUUACAAAGGACUCCUAAGGGAUGGUUUUUAACCAAAGGUCUAUAUUUUUAUCUCAGAUUUUUUCUUGCAUUGUAUUUUUCUAAAGGUUGGCGCUUCUUUUCUUGGUAGCCCAAGUGCAGCUUUGUGGGGUUGUGCUCCUCUCUGUACUUUGCUGGAGGGUGAUGUGGUUGGGCACGGCUGCUUCUCAUGUGCAGUUGGUAAUACACAGGGUGGGAAUUUGUUCUGUUCCUACAUGAAACCUCCCUGAAGUGCUGUUCAUGUUUGUGUACCUGAAGUUUUAUAGGCACUGCUUUCCAAAACUGGAUUUGUUGCUGUUAAAGUGGCUGGGAGGGGCAGGGGGUUCCUUAUGGGCUCUGAAGCCAAUAUUUUGGAGCCUAAAUGGAUGCGCAGUUCUCCAUGCAGGGACCCUGCACUUUAGCUGAUAAUUAUCUUAAAAACAUAUUAAAUUAUGUUUGUUGACAAACAAACCCAUGGUUUGCAAUAGAAACAGGAAGCUGGGAUGUCUGACAGGCAGAAUGUGCAUCAUCUUUAGUGGGUUUUCACUAGGCUCGAUGGGGCUGUUAAUGCCCCUAUCUGUAAGAAGGUGCCAAGGCAUUCAGCUUCACCCAACACAUCUGACCAACAUGCUCUACUUGAACUCCUUUGGGCCAGUUCAGCUCUGCUUUUGCCGGUAACCACUUCUACCUUUUGCAUUUCAAACCAACCCAGAGAUCCCAGAUCCACGUCCCGAGGGGCAGCUGCUGGUUGGAAGCAUCCCUCUUCUCUAAGAUUGGAUAAACCAUUUUAGCACUUUUGCCCCCAGCAGCAAGCAAACAAUACACAAAGCCCUCACUUCAACAGUAGUGUUUUGUGCAAGGAGAGUGACAAAUCCUCCAUCUGUGAAUUAGGGCAUUAUGAGAAGGGGGGGGGGGGGGGGUUGGCACAGGGCAGCCAGCCUUGUUUGUGAACAGUUAGGCCUUACGGAACAUCCUUUCCUUGUGGGGUGGAGAGCUACUUUAAGCUGCGUGUGGGGGGUUCUAUUUAAUGUCCCUGAUGGUACUCCACUCAAUCUAGUGUUCCCUUGGUAAUGUCUGUUUUAUUUAUUGAUUGUUUUUUUUUAAUCUUUGUUUAAGCUGAAUAAAUUAAGACUGCCAACUCUA